AUGACGAAUCCUAGGACCAUGUUCAAGAAGAGUAUGACAGCAUAUGGAAUAGUCGGCCUUCUCUCAACUUUACCAACUUUAAACAUGCGUUUUACUGGCAAACCUACUAAAUGUAAGGCUACUAACAUCAAGCAGAUUCAAGCUUUCCCGAAAUACUUUGGGGUGGUAUAUUUUCCUAAUAAUCUUCGUCGAACCAUUUCUCAAGCGGCUGAGGUGUUAAGGGAUAAGGUGACCACUAUUCCUCUUGCAUCCGCCAAAGAGACUCCUGCCACCAAAACCACCAAAGCUGACCCUUCCAAAGUAAUGCCCAAACCUAAUAAUCCUAAUUCUGAUGAUGAACCCAUCUCGCUUUCUCUACACAAGAAUCGGACACAUUCUGUGGUUUAUCCUGCUCCUUCUCACCAAUCCAAAUCGUCCAAGAAGGACAAGUCACAAACUUCUGAAGGGGCGAAGUAUUCUCCGCUUUCUGACGACAUUCCUCUUCCUCAAGAUAAUCCUGAUUUAGUCGCUGGUGAGUUAGUUGACUUAACUAUCACAGCUAUUCGUAUCGAUUCUGAUUCUGUCACUAGUCCCUCCACGCACUAUACUUUCUAUUCGACUAGUUCUGAUUCUAGUCUUUCAGAUUCCCCACGGGCUCUAGGGACUGCAAAGGGAAAUGACCAACUCCUUGUCAAAAGUGCUCUUUCACAUCCAGCCAGCACACAGGGUGUUCCCUUGGUCACUGAGUCUGCUCCUCCUUCGACCUCCGCUGGGACUUCACAUGCUGAAAAACCCACAGCUGCCUUGCCAACUGUUGCUGAAAAGACCACUUCGCCUCCACCAAUCGUCGGUAAUAAUACCAUGCUUGACCUCCCAGGAGUUUCGAAUUCAGCUUCGGUUACUCCCCCUCCAUCAGCUUCGGUCAAACAAUCAGAUUCUCCUAAAGUUGUCGUAGCCGCUUCAAAAGGAGACGAGAAACAGUGGAGUUUCGACCCAGCGCUUCAGGUCGACUCUUCUAACCCACAAACUGAUGUUGCUGGUACGGUUGAGUAUUCUCCGCUUUCUGACGACAUUCCUCUUCCUCAAGAUAAUCCUGAUUUAGCUGCUGGUGAGUUAGGUGACUUAAUUAUCACGCCUAUUCGUAGCGAUUCUGAUUCUGUCACUAGUCCCACCACGCAUUAUACUUUCUAUUCGACUAGUUCUGAUUCUAGUCUUUCAGAUUCCCCACUGGCUCUAGGGACUGCAAAGGGAAAUGACCAACUCCUUGUCAAAAGUGCUCUUUCACAUCCAGCCAGCACACAGGGUGUUCCCUUGGUCACUGAGCCUGCUCCUCCUUCGACCUCCGCUGGGACUUCACAUGCUGAAAAACCCACAGCUACCUUGCCAACUGUUGCUGAAAAGACCACUUCGCCUCCACCAAUCGUCGGUAAUAAUACCAUGCUUGACCUCCCAGGAGGUAAAGACUUAGAAUCGACAAUCUCGCUUUCUCUACACAAGAGUCAAAAACAUUUUGUGGUUUAUACUGCUCCUUCUCGCCAAUCCAAAUCAUCCAAGAAGGACAAGUCACAAACUUUUGAAUGGGCGAAGGUCGGCUCUUCUAACCCACAAAUUGAUGUUUCUGGUACGGCUGAGUAUUCUCCGCUUUCUGACGACAUUCCUUUUCCUCAAGAUAAUCCUGAUUUAGUCGCUGGUGAGUUACUUGACUUAACUAUCACGGCUAUUUGUAGUGAUUCUGAUUCUAUCACCAGUCCCUCCAUGCACUAUACUUUCUAUUCGGCUAGUUCUGAUUCUAGUCUUUCAGAUUCCCCACUGGCUCUAGGGUCUGCAAAGGGAAAUGACCAACUCCUUGUCAAAAGUGCUCUUUCACAACCAGCCAGCACACAGGGUGUUCCCUUGGUCACUGAGUCUGCCCCUCCAUCGACCUCCGUUGGGACUUCACAUGCUGAAAAACCCACAUCUGCCUUGCCAACUGUUGCUUAA